AUUCAAUCAUUGUUUUAAGAUCUAGAAUUGUAAAAUCGCAUCUUGUGUUAAUUGGAAUAAAUAUCACUUUUUUCGGGUAAGAUUUCGAGUUCGAUUCUCAUCUUUCUGAAGGUGUUGACUGGUUAGAAUCGAAUUCUAUUACAAGGGUAAAAGAGAAAGUACUCAACCAUUAGACUAACGGAAACCGAAUUCUUAGUUUAAGGUCAAUUAAAUCUAAGAAUGACUAGCAAAACCAAGACUACAACUACUUCAUCACCUUUGCACACGGAUUUCGAUCCGGUUUGUGAUUUAAAGAACGAGGAAGGACAACAGAUUUUUAUCAUUCAUCUCCCUGAUUUCAAGAAGGAACAACUUAGGGUACAAGUAAACAAAGAAGGAACACUAAAAGUAAGUGGUGAAAGAGCAACAACUUUAGAUGGAAAAAAUAAAAGGCGUUUUGUUAAGGAAACAAAAGUACCAAAUGGUUGUGAUAUAAAUAGCAUUAGAGCUAAAUUUAGCAAUGGUUGCCUUCAAGUAAUAAUGCCAACCAAAGUUACACCUCAAGGCACCCAACAACAACCUACUCCUAGAUCACAAAGUCCUCAAAAAUCCGAGAUUUCCGAUCAAAACCCGAGAGUUAAACCGCCAGAAAGCAGCAAAAUGGAAGCAAGAAUUAGUUUUGAUCAUCAAAUUCAAGGAAGAAAGAAAUUUGUGUUAGGGUUUGGAAUUGGUGUUGUGACAAUGUUGGGUAUUGGAGCCUUUGUGGCUUACAAACAUGGAUAUACUCAGUCGUAAAAGUCUUGUAUGGAUUUGGUCAAUGCUAAAAUACGUGUAUUAUAUUAUUUAAAGAGUAGAAUCAAGUGAUUUAAGUAUAAAUAAAUAAAUAUUAAGAUUAGUGCAUAUUAUUUUAGAGUGGACUAGAUUCACACGAGAUUUAUUCUACUCGAUCAGGAUUGAUCUAAACUCUCUUGAUUUAUUGUUUGUAUAUCAUGUGUUUAGGUAAGUUUGAGAAAAUUAUGUAAUUGGCUAAGUUUAUAGAAAGAUUUCCAACUUUUAGUGAAAAGCC